AUGGCGGCCGAGGUAUGUCGUCACAGCUAUCGAUGGAUGAACGGGUAUGACAAACAUGCGAGAUGGAUCGUCAAUGGUUGCUUGAUAGCCUUUCAGCUUGGCGUUUUGAGCGUCUGUUUUGUUUUUGUGGCCGAUCACAUUUUAGAGGUGAUCGAAUUCGUUCUUGCAAAUAACUACAAGUUAUCCAAGACGCACAUUAUGUUAAUGUAUUUUCUACCACAGUUAUGCUUGAGUUUCAUCAAAAACAUACACAUCAUUACAUUUUUAUCGGUAUGCGGAAAUGUAAUAAUAUUUGUUGCUGUUGGGCUAGUAAGUAAGGAGCUAAUCUUCCAUGAUAAGUACGCGCACCAGUCUCUCCCUCCUGUCACUAACUUCGAAGGAGUUACAAUGGCUGCCGGCGGGUUGAUUUACGCUUUUGAAGGACAAGCUAUGGUGCUCGCUCUUGAAAAUCGCCUUAAGCAUUCCUCUGACAUGCUUGGAAUGAACGGUGUUUUGUGCACGUCAAUGAAUCUUGUCAUGUUGCUGUAUGCUUUCCUCGGCUUUUACGGCUACUUAGCAUUCGGUCCGUCAGUAGCAGACAGUCUCACACUCAACCUUCCCAAUUCAAGCCUAACUAUCAUCGUGAAGGUCUUAUUGGUGGUGAAGAUCUUCCUUGGUUCUGCUUUGCAGCUGUAUGUUAUCGUCGUAAUUUUGACUCCUGCUAUGACAUCGAACUCGUCUAAAAGAUCGCCUGAGUGGAAAGAAAACAUACUGAGAGUUGGACUAAUGUCAUUUUCGCUAUUCGUUGCACUAUGUGUACCACAUCUCUAUGAUAUCAUCCCUUUGGUGGGGAUCACCUCCGGCAUGCUACUUUCCCUCAUUCUACCUGCAUUUCUUCACACGCUCACAUUCUUGCCGAUCAUCGUUAAGGAGAAGAAAAGUGUUAGAACAUCCAACGCAGAUGGGGCAUCAAAGAUUGUACAUCUGAUUGUGCGUCACGUGCCAUUGCCACAAGGUACUCGUCUCCUGAAAAAUAGCAACAAUAGGAUCCAGGAGCAGCGACAUGCGUGUGAUUUCUGA